AAAGCAGCUCCAGAACCUGGUGUGUUGUGUUGGUUCUUGAAGAAGUUCUGGGCGGGGGUAGAAUGGGGAGGUGGGCGGCCUAGGUCGGAAUCCAGAGUAUGGCCAGCACUGGUUUAAAUGGGGGAAAGUGGAGCCGAGCAGGAAGCUGAAGACAUUCUCGUCUCCUCAUCUGGAUGACUUUGAAGAGCUGCUGCCUAGCCAUGCCAAACUCCUUACUGUGGGCUGUGGAUAUUUUUGGGAGAGUGUACACGCUUGCCACAGCUGGCCAGUACUGGGAACUCUGCAAGGAUGCCCAUCUGGAGUUCAAGAGGGUCAGCGCAGUAAAGCAGUGCUGCUGGGGGAUUGCCUGUGACAAUCAGGUCUAUGUAUAUGUAUGCUCCAGUGAUGUCCCCAUCCGGCACCGGGAGGAAACCUAUGAGAACCAGCGGUGGAAUCCAGUUGGUGGUUUCUGUGAGAAGCUCAUGCCCAGUGACCGCUGGCAGUGGAGCGACGUGAGUGGGCUCAAGCACCAACAGCUGGAUAGUUUGGUGCUGCCAUCACCACACUGGGAGUGGGAGUCUGACUGGUACGUGGAUGAAAAUUUUGGAGGGGAACCCACCGAGAAAGGGGGAUGGACAUAUGCCAUAGACUUCCCUGCCACCUACACAAGGGACAAGAAAUGGAACUCAUGCGUGCGGCGGCGGAAGUGGAUUCGCUACAGGAGAUACAAAUCGCGGGACACUUGGGCCAAGAUUCCAUCCCAAGAUGACCCUAAACAGCUGCCUGACCCUUUCAAUGAUCUCUCCAUUGGAGGAUGGGAAAUCACAGAUGAACCUAUAGGUCGACUGUCUGUUUGGGCAGUUUCUUUGCAAGGCAAGGUAUGGUACAGAGAGGACGUCUGCCACCCUAACCCUGAAGGUUCCUCUUGGUCACUUGUAGACACCCCUGGAGAAGCUGUACAAAUCAGCUGCGGGCCUUAUGAUCUCCUCUGGGCCACCCUUUGGGAAGGGCAAGCAAUGGUUCGAGAAGGAAUUGAUAGGAAUAACCCUAAAGGCUGUUCCUGGUCAAUAGUGGAACCACCAGUACCUGAAAAUGGGAUCAUGCACAUUUCUGUUGGUGUCAAUGUAGUCUGGGCAGUCACUAAAGACAGAAAAGUCUGGUUCAGAAGAGGUGUCAAUUCUCAUAAUCCCUGUGGCACCAGCUGGAUUGAGAUGGUUGGAGAGAUGAUGAUGGUCAAUGUAGGGUUAAAUGACCAGGUUUGGGGAAUUGGAUGUGAUGAUCGAGCAGUUUAUUUCCGACAGGGUGUCACACCAAGUGAACUUAGUGGAAAAACGUGGAAAGCAAUCAUUGCAAACAGAGAAAAUGACCGAUCUCAUACUGGCAGCUCAUCCAGCCUCCUUAGUGCUGGCUGCUUCUUCGGGGAUGAAGUGAGAGGCAGCGGUGACUCCUUGGGCCCCAGUGACACCGAUACUUCCUCUGAGGCCGAGAGGCCGGGGCUGCUGCCUGAGGAUGAGCCAUGUUUGGGCCACGGCAGGCCCCGCGGUGAAGAGGAGGCCGUGUCCUCUGUGAACAGAGAGGGCAAAGCUCAGGGCACGGCUCCAGCCGAACUCCCCUGGACUAACAUUGACCUGAAGGAAACUCGGAAAACCUGCGCCCACUCAGCCAGCUGCUUUGCUGAGACGCCCAGCCUCUCGUCCCUGGGGCUCUUCCCUAUGGGCUUGGAGGAGGGCUACGGAGCUGACGAUCACCCGCUGUGGGCCUGGGUGUCUGGAGGAGGAUGCACAGUGGAUGCACACACGGUUCUGAAGUGGUUCACUAUUCAGUCAGGUCUUUCUGCCUCCAUGCAGACCCUUUCCUUGUCCAUUACUCCUGCUCAGACAGCAGCGUGGCGAAAGCAAAUUUUCCAGCAACUCACUGAAAGGACCAAGCGAGAACUGGAGAAUUUCAGACACUAUGAACAGGCUGUGGAGCAGUCGGUGUGGGUGAAGACUGGCACACUACAGUGGUGGGUGGACUGGAAGCCCCACAAAUGGAUCGAUGUCCGGGUGGCAUUGGAGCAGUUCACUGGGAAUGAUGGGACUCGUGACAGCAUCCUCUUCAUCUACUACAUGUUCCAUGAGGAAAAGAAGUACAUCCACAUAUUUCUCAAUGAAGUGACAGUACUGGUUCCUGUGCUAAAUGAGGCCAAACAUUCCUUUGCCCUCUAUACCCCAGAGAAAACCAAACAGAGGUGGCCCAUCCGUCUCGCUGCUGCUACUGAGCAGGAAAUGUAUGACUGGCUUGCCCUACUCAGUACGUCCUGCUCUGAAAGCCGAAGGAUCCAAGGCCGCCCUUCCCCCCAGGCCAUCUGGUCUGUCACUUGCAAAGGAGACAUUUUUGUGAGUGAGCCCAGUGUGGACCUAGAGGCACCAGGGCAUCCAAUGCCAUGUGACCAAAUGUUUUGGCGUCAGAUGGGGGGCCACCUUCGGGUAGUGGAGUGCAACAGCCACGGGGUCGUGUGGGGCAUCGGCUACGACCACACAGCCUGGGUGUACACGGGGGGCUAUGGCGGAGGCUUUUUUCAAGGCCUGGCCAGCAGUACCAGUAACAUCUACAUGCAGUCAGAUGUAAAAUGUGUCUACAUCUAUGAAAACCAGCGCUGGAAUCCUGUCACAGGCUACACCAGCAGGGGUCUCCCUACUGACCGCUACAUGUGGAGUGAUGUGACAGGUCUGCAAGAAUGCACAAAGGCCAACACUAAGCCUCCCUCCCUCCACUGGACUUGGGUUUCUGACUGGUAUAUUGAUUUCAACAUUUCUGGUGGAACUGAUCGAGAAGGAUGGCAGUAUGCGAGUGACUUCCCAUCGUCUUAUCACGGAUACAAAACCAUGAAGGACUUUGUCAGACGGAGACGAUGGGCGAGGAAAUGUAAGCUGGUGACCAGUGGGCCCUGGUUGGAAGUUGCUCCUAUCUCUCUCUGGGAUGUGUCCAUCAUCCCUGGUUAUGAGGAAGGCAGCAAGGACUCCAUUGCCCUUUGGGCCAUCAGUGACAAGGGGGACGUUCUUUGUAGGUUGGGCGUUUCAGAGCUCAAUCCAGCGGGUUCAUCUUGGCUGCAUGUUGGCACGGAUCAGCCCUUCAUUUCAGUCUCUGUUGGGGCUUUUUACCAAGUUUGGGCCGUGGCCAGAGAUGGCUCAGCAUUCUACAGGGGCUCUGUGUCCCCCAGGCAGCCAGCUGGUGAUUGUUGGUACCACAUCCCUUCUCCUCCGAAGCAGAAAUUAAAGCAGGUGUCUGUAGGACAGACAUCAGUAUAUGCACUUGAUGAAAAUGGUAACUUAUGGUACCGACAGGGAAUCACCCCCAGCUACCCGCAGGGCUCCAGCUGGGAUCACGUCUCUAAUAAUGUCCGCAAGGUUUCUGUUGGCCCCCUGGACCAGGUCUGGGUCAUUGCCAAUAAAGUUCAAGGAAGCCACAGCCUGAGCUGUGGGACAGUAUGCCAUAGAACAGGAGUGCAACCCCGGGAGCCAAAAGGGCAAGGCUGGGAUUAUGGCAUUGGGGGAGGAUGGGACCAUGUUUCGGUCCGGGCCAAUGCUACCAAAGCCCCAAAGAGUGUGUCUCAAGAGACGGCCCAAGACAGUCCCUCAAGAACGGCAGACCCAGAAGAAGGAGACGAAAGCAGAGAGAGCAGCUUCUCCAACAAGACGAUGCUCGUCGUGCAUGCAGGGCAGGAGGCGAACGGCAGCGCGGUGACCUGCUGAGGGGUCCAGGCGACUUCACCCUUCGGGAAACUUGAAACUGGAAGCCAUGCGGGCAGCCCAGCUCCCUGGGGCCAGCAGGGUUUGUAGGGUCUAGAUUGCUCCAUGAGCCUUUUACAAUUCGAUUCCUUUAUUCUUGUGUUAUAGUUUGUGCAGGGAGAGAAGGUCAGCCUGAUUCCUGUGCCAGGUUUGAGGGAGGCGGUCAGUUUCCCGCCCCCCACCUCAGAAAUGUGAAUUGUGGUGUCAUUGCACUUUUGUCUCCCAUCUGCUGUCUAAUCUUUUCUUUCCUGGCCUCUGGAGUGUCCUCCCCCCACUUCUUGGUCAGUCGGGCCCCCUUCCCCAGGGCAGCCCCCCUGGGGGAGCCUCCCUCCUCCCUGCAGACAGGCCCAGCCAUGGACCAGGGCUGGGGAGCAGAGAACAGGAAGGUAAAGCCAGGGGAAUUGCUGGUGCCCUCAGGCCCCCUGCCCAACAGCGUCAUGCCAUCCCCUAGACCUACCCCUGGGCUUCAGCAGAGGACGGUCAGGAGGAGAGCGGCAAGGCUGGAGGGGACCUCCCGAUGGCCUUCUUCUCCCCUGGUCCCUCUCUUUCACCUAGGUUGUGUGUCCGUCUAAACCGAGAUAAAAACAAACACAAAAUCCCACAAAAGUGGAUCGAUUUUAUCCCACAACAAUCAGUUACCGAAGCAGUUGUUUAAGAAAAACCUAACAGUUGGACUUAAUUCAUCCGCAUCUGUGUGUAGACAAUCCUACUGAAUUUUCCCCAUGUUGUUGCCGUUAACUUGAGUCAUAAAAGAAUGUGCUGCCACGCUUAGAAAGAAUUCAUUUGCUAUGGCAUUAGACUAAAAGGAGAGAUGAGUUUUAGAAAAUGUAGUUUGUCCCGAACACUUGAAUGGACAUUGUUCUAAGUAGUCGUUAACUUAGAUGAAUGUAACCAAAUAACACUAAGGCAGAGGAAGGAAGACGACAUCGGUGUUGGGACUCGGCCCUUUGGGGGGGGGUCGCUUUCCUCUGUCCCUCCCUGUGAGCAUUGUUAUAUAUUCAUUUUGAGUUCUUCCAGGAACUGCUUCUAGGAAAAUAAGGCCGGCUGUUCCGCUCAGACAAACCCCCAGCCCGUUCCAUCCGCCGAAUCAAAAUGCACUUUGUUGGACUCCUGAGUCAGUGAAAUCGCCCCCAGUUCAGGUCUCUCUUAUGGCAGGCAGUCUCGUGUCAUUUAUUGCCAGGGUCAGUCUGCUUGGGGACAUCUUCCAGUUUGCCUUUCCAAACUGGGACCCUUUGCAUGUGCUGAGAAUCGGGACCCCACGCCGGCCUCGCUCUCUCCAGAACAGAAGCGGCUUCACACUUGGCUCUGCCCAGUCGUCGGCCUUUUCCUUUGAUCUGUUUCCUUCUGUUGUCGGGGGAGGCCAGGCGCAGGUCUGAUCCUAUUCCUCUUUUGUGUUUAACGACACACGGACCUGAUUCUGAAUGAAAAAUGUGCUUUGUGACUCCAUCUCGUGAACCAGACCUGAAGCCCCAGAGGGAGCGGCUCUUUGGCAUGCACGGUGUCUCCUGGCACUUUGACCCGGAGGUGUUUGUAUAGUUUCGAUGUCCCAGAUGAAAACUAUUCAGGAUGAUUUGCUUAAAAAAGAAGAGAGAUGCUUGUACUUCACAGUGGGUGGAUUUCCUGUCUUGUUUACAUGUUUUCUUUCAAGAUUUCCUUGUAAAUGGGCAUUAUGUUCUGUCUUUUCCUAAAAGUGACUUGCAGGUUAUGCCAUUGAUUUUUAUUUGUGCUUUCACUCUGCACUCUCUCAAAGGGUGAACUCGUUCUUUUCCCUUUUGAGAAUCGAAUGUUUACAUGUUAACAGUACCAAAUUCUCUCCAAUUUCCAAGAUUCUUUGAAUCCAUAAAAUAUAUUCCAGAAUAAAAUGGCUGCGUAUGUCUCUUGUUCA